CCGGCACAAAGCAGCAAGCUUUAGGUCUAAAAGAUUCGAACUUUGAUCGGAAAAACAGGAGAGAAGUCUGCGUUUAGAUUCAAACGGAACAAAAUGCUCACUAAGCUUAGGAUUAGUAAGCUUGUUUCGUAUACUUUACCUCGGAGAAUCUUCCAACGGAGGUUUCUGGUAACGAAUAACACUGCAGAGGAGUCGCCGAUUGUUGCCGCAGAGUCACCGGAGCUACCGUCUUGGAUUAAAGACUUUCUAUCAAACAAGCCUUCUUCUUCAUCGAGUUCGGUUUCCAAAGAUGAUGAAGAUUUUGUUAUCCCUUCUUUGGCGAAUUGGGUCGAGAGCCAGAAGUUUAGUCGUCAACAAGUCUCAGAGGGAAAUGUAGUGAAGAAACCAGUGGAAGAUAUUGAUAAAGUUUGCGACUUUUUGAAUAAGAAGGACACGUCUCAUGAGGAUGUUGUUAAAGAGUUGAGUAAAUGCGAUGUGGUGGUUACAGAGAGUUUGGUUUUGCAAGUUCUAAGAAGGUUUAGUAAUGGUUGGAAUCAAGCUUACGGGUUUUUCAUUUGGGCAAAUUCACAAACAGGUUAUGUGCAUUCAGGUCAUACUUAUAAUGCAAUGGUUGAUGUGUUGGGGAAAUGUAGGAAUUUUGAUUUGAUGUGGGAAUUAGUCAAUGAGAUGAACAAGAAUGAAGAAUCUAAGCUUGUUACGCUUGAUACGAUGAGUAAGGUUAUGAGGAGAUUGGCCAAGUCAGGGAAAUAUAAUAAAGCUGUUGAUGCUUUUUUAGAGAUGGAGAAGAGUUAUGGUGUGAAAACAGAUACUAUUGCUAUGAACAGUUUGAUGGAUGCACUUGUGAAAGAGAAUAGUAUAGAGCAUGCUCAUGAAGUUUUUCUGAAGCUUUUCGAUACAAUCAAGCCGGAUGCGCGGACAUUCAACAUUUUGAUUCACGGUUUUUGUAAAGCUCGGAAAUUUGAUGAUGCUAGAGCGAUGAUGGAUUUGAUGAAGGUUACUGAGUUCACUCCUGAUGUUGUUACUUACACUAGCUUUGUGGAAGCUUAUUGCAAGGAAGGGGAUUUUAGGAGGGUUAAUGAAAUGUUGGAAGAGAUGCGAGAGAAUGGGUGUAAUCCUAAUGUUGUGACUUAUACUAUUGUGAUGCAUUCUUUGGGUAAAUCUAAACAAGUAGCUGAAGCUUUAGGAGUGUAUGAGAAGAUGAAAGAAGAUGGUUGUGUUCCUGAUGCUAAGUUUUAUAGCUCAUUGAUACAUAUUUUGUCGAAGACUGGUAGGUUUAAGGAUGCAGCUGAGAUAUUUGAGGACAUGACGAAUCAAGGAGUUCGUCGUGAUGUUUUAGUCUACAAUACCAUGAUUUCCGCUGCGCUUCAUCACUCACGAGAUGAGAUGGCUCUACGUUUGCUUAAAAGGAUGGAGGAUGAGGAGGGGGAAUCAUGUAGUCCAAACGUUGAGACUUAUGCUCCAUUGUUGAAGAUGUGUUGCCAUAAGAAGAAAAUGAAGCUACUUGGAAUAUUAUUGCAUCACAUGGUGAAAAACGAUGUUAGUAUCGAUGUUUCGACAUAUAUUCUUCUCAUUAGAGGGUUAUGUAUGAGCGGGAAAGUUGAAGAAGCUUGCUUGUUCUUUGAGGAAGCAGUACGAAAAGGAAUGGUUCCUAGAGAUAGCACUUGCAAAAUGUUGGUAGAUGAGCUUGAGAAGAAAAAUAUGGCAGAAGCAAAACUCAAGAUUCAGAGUUUGGUUCAAUCGAAAACAAUGAUUGAUUCUCACAGUCCUUUAUCUGUUUCGUAGAGAUUAGAGUUUUGGAGCCUUGGCUCAAAGUUUUGUUUUCCUUUCUGUUGAAUGAUACUCUUAUACUAUGUUAGAUCUCAAAUCAUGUGACCUUUACUAAAAUGAAAUGAAUCAAUU